AUGAUGCGCUGCACGCUUGUGUGCAGACGGCAGAUGCGGCCGUAUUACAAUCUACCCUCUAAAUCUGAACAUGGUCGUAAGAUGACUGGUUUCCUAACUCCCUACCGUCACUGGAUGUGGAAACAGAACGAACUCUGGCGUAAUGUACAUGAAGCCCAGUUCGAACAUUUACGAAAAGUCUACAAACGACAAUGGUUUGAGUCAUUCCGUGUUAACGCUGAUGAGUAUAUUUAUAAGUAUAAUAUUACAAAGGCGGCCCAACUUGCUCAAUGGGAGUAUGAGAUGGAAGAACAAGAAAAGAAACGUGUAGAGACACAACAAAUGACAGAAGGACGUCAAGUACUAAAGAAAAAACAUUUAGACCUUUUACGGGAAUUUCAUGAACGUCAAUUCUUCUUCUGGUAUGAACGUGCAAGUGAACGAUUACAGAAUAUGAGUCUCAUUCAAUACAUUCCACAAUCAAAAAUACAGGCACACAUUGAAAAAGAAUUAGACAAGUAUGUUGUUGGUAGUAAAAAACCAUAUCCUCUAAACUUUGCUGGUCAGAUGCCAUUACUGGAAGAUCGUGAUGGAAAUCUUAUGGAAGUACCAGAGGGUCUUUUGUCUAAUCACUUUGCCGAACACCCAGACUCUACUGCUACUGUACAUCAACCACAUCAGGACAGUAGUCGUAGUAGUAUGGAAGAACAAUUGCUACGUACAUUGGUGAGUUCAAGAGAAGAAGAACUAGAAGGAUUAAAGGAUGAUGAUUCACGUGCCCUCUCUGAAACUAUUGAUGAUAUUUCUCGUGAAGAAGAGGAACGUGAGGCAGAUGUACGAGUAGCGCGUAGUAUGGAGGAGACAGAUACCGAACGUGAAAUUAGUCGCCGUGCAUAUAUUGAUCGUGGUAAAACAGGUUCAAAAGCCAUAUUUCGUCGUCCGAAUCUUACUGAAACUGGUAGUAGUACAUCAUCCACAGGAACAGCAACAUCUUCUUCAACAUCUUCAGAUACAGGUACUACACCAAUGAAACGACGUAAGAAGGGUAAACUUGAUAAAGUACAUGCCCUUCAAGAGCAACAAGAUGCAAUGCUUGCUAAACUUUCAGCUCAAAGUCUUAAGGAGGGUGUUGAUCCAUCUUCCAUUGGGAAGCGUGGAGAAGUUGUAGUAAAUAAAGGACGUAUUAGAGAUAAGGCAGCGAUACCAACUCAGGCUGUAUUAAUGCAGAACCCAGAACUUGUGGCAGGUAGUGUUCCUAAUGCACGCGUGGGUAUACAAGACAAGGUGGACCAGGUUUAUCAACGAGGCAAAUACAAGGUUAAGAAGGAUGGUGACAGUAACUCGGAUGGUGAAGAUCUUUAG